CUGAACCAAAAGAACAGGGAAAUCAGAGAAAAAUAGAGAGAAGAUGAGUUGUUGGGUUCCUUAACCUCAAAGUUUCGUGGAAGCUCUACGAUUGUGACUGGUUUUCUCUUUUAGCUUCCCCAUUUUUAGGUUAAAAAAAAAAAAAAAAACUGAUGAUGAAGUAAGUCACCGUGCUAAAAAGAACUCAGACGCAGAUUCUCAAAAACCGUAUAACAGAAAAUGGGUUGUGAAAAAUCCUAUGAAGGCGUUUGCGGAAAUCCCUUGAGGAGCCUCAAGUUGAAUUCGAGCGUUAAAAGCAUUGGUGAGUCCUCCAGAAGGAGGUUGGUUCGUCAAAGGAGUAUAGAAUCAAAGAACGAAAAAUAUCCCAUAGAGGAGCAACCAGCUAAGAGAAAAGGGGAAAGUAGCAAAGGGCCAGAGAGAUUGUCGUAUAAUCGCGUCGAGGAACAACCAGCAAAGAGGAAAAGUGAAAGUAGCAAAGGGCCAGAGAGAUUGUCAUAUAAUCGCGUCGAGGAGCAACCAGCAAAGAGGAAAAGUGAAAGCAGCAAAGGGCCAGAGAGAUCGUCACAUAAUCGCAUGGAGCAGCAAUCAGCUAAGAGGAAAAGUGAAAGUGGAAAGGGGUCAGAGAGAUUAUCACCCUGUGGAAUAUGCAUGGACAAGAAAACUAAAGCAGAGAUGUUUAAGAUCAAGAACUGUUCUCACUCCUAUUGCCUUGUUUGUAUUGGUAAACAUGUGGGGUCUAAGAUAAGUGAAAACGUUAUAAAGGUGAAGUGCCCUGAUUUGGCCUGCAAUGGACUCUUGGAACCACAAGAUUGCCGGUCUGCUGUGCCUCAAAAAGUGCUUGAUCGCUGGGAAGCUGCGCUGUGUGAGUCUGUUCUUGGAUCGAAGAAGAUUUAUUGUCCCUUCAAGGACUGCUCUGCUCCAUUGGCGGCCGACGGACAUUUGACUGUAACCUCAGCGGAGUGCCCACAUUGCCACAGGCUGUUCUGCGCGCAGUGCAAGGUCCCGUGGCAUGCAGGUUCUGGAUGUAAGAGCCAGGUUGAGAAAAUGGAAAAGAAGUUCAUAGACCUUGCCAAGGCGGAAAAGUGGCAGAAAUGUCCUAAUUGCACAUUCUACGUUCAGAGGACUCAUGGUUGUGAAAGCAUUACGUGCAGGUGCGGGUAUAAGUUCUGCUACAUAUGUGGAAAUCCAUGGGGUUUUGGCCAUUUAUGUCCAAUUGGGGGAGGGAAUGUGUACCUGAUUUAAUUAAUUUAACUCUAGGAUUGAUGUGAGUCGAUGAUGAAUCUCUAGUUCUGGUAAUUAGGUUGAUGCUAUAUUUUCCAUGACUUCUUUUUUGUAUUUAGUAGUUUAUCGGAGAAUGGAAAAGUUGUGAGCAUGAGAUCAUGCUAAGUUAUUUAUUUUUAACUUAUUUACUUGUUUUGGUUUUCGGUCACACAUUGUUAGACGAGUUCCUUACCUUUCUUUCAACGAUCAAUGA